ACUUAAACUCGACGGUGCUUGUGUACCAAUCGUAGUAAGAGAGUGAUACUAGUAGGAUGGAUUCAGUGUACGAUCGUGCGAUAUCAGAAGUCGGGCAAGAUGGAACGUUUCAAAUACAAUUUGAUAUUUUUUAUAACAUAAUUCUUGCAGGAUUGUGGUCCAUGGCCUUUAAUAAUAUAGUUUUAGCUCUUACAAUUACUCCGCACAUGUGCAAAAUUCCUAAGAAACUUUCAAAUGAAAGUGAACAUUCAUGGAAAUUGAAAUACAUUCCAACUGUUGAAGACGCAGCAGGAAACAAUAAAUUCAGUGACUGUUUAGUGUAUUCUAAUCGAGGAUAUAAUAUAACUGAAGAAUGUAAUAUAUAUGAUUAUGAUAGAACUUGGUUUGAAACAACAGUCCCUUCCGAUAAUAAUUGGGUUUGUGAAAAUGAAAUAUAUGUAGCAAAUAUUUUUGCAUACAGUAAAAUUGGAGAAACCGUUGGAUCAUUAUUUUUUGGGUGGUUUGGCGAUGUAUAUGGACGAAAACCAACAUACGUAAUUUCUUUGGCUAUGUUAAUAAUUGGUCGCUUUCUGUCAGUGUUAGCUAGCUCUUCGUUUAUAAUAUUUGCAAUUGGAUGCGUUCUAGCGGCUCUACCAUCAUGGUGUGUCACACAGAGUGCAUCGAUUGUUUCUUUAGAAAUAUCAUCUCCGAAACGACGAGCUAACAUUGCAAAGCUAAGAUUAGUUGCAACUAGUUUUGGGCUAUGUUUAAUGCCUUUAUUGUACUGGUGGUUAAGAAGUUGGAAAGUAUUUGUUGUUAUCACAACAGCAACGCAGUUACCAUAUUUGUUCUGGUCUUGGAAUUUCAUAGAAUCUCCACAGUGGCUUUGGGUCAACGGAAAAUUUAAGAAAUGUGUUCAAGUACUCAAGCUUAUAGCCAAAGUGAAUAAAACUACUCUUGGUUCAAAUACAGAAAACGAUAUAUUAUCAAGCGAUCUCUCCACAACCAAUAACGCAGAAGUCUUGGGACCAUUAGCAUUAUUUUCUGGCUGGCGAUUAGCUGUCAAUACGAUCUUACAGCUAUUAUUAUGGAUUGCCGUUUCUGUCAACUAUACAGUCGUUUUAUUAAGUUCUGCGGAAAAGUCUUUGGCAAACCCAUUCUUGGACUUCGCGUGGCAGUCCUUGGCUGAAAUUCCUGGAUAUUUUGUUGCAUCGUGGCUUGCCGAUCGCAUCGGUCGACGAUUUACGGGAGUCAUUUCAACAGCAUUAACAACAUUAUUGUGGGUAGUCUACGCCUACCGCGAUAUCUAUAAUAUAGGCUGGUUAAAGAAUCCGUGGUUGGGUACUGCCUUGGUUAUAAUAAUUAGAUUCGUAAUAACAAUGUCGUAUUACAUAAUAAAUCUGUUUAACAUGGAGCUCUACCCAACGUGCCUCAGGCAAUCAGGAAUGUCUUUAGGUAACGUAGUCAGUGGUGGAGCUGGUGCAGUAGCGCCGUAUAUUUUAUAUUUGGGUCGUCGUUUUGAUGCUCGCUAUCCAAGUGUUAUCUUAAUAGUAACGACACUAUUCGGCGGUGUAUUAACGUCGUACUUGUUGCCAGAAACUUUGAACGUAAAGUUACCAGAAACGUUAGAAGAUGCCCAAAAGUUCGGUCGACGUGAUCGAAGUCAUUAUACGACUGUUAAUCUAAAAGACGAAACAAUCGAAUCAAAUAUUGCCGUCUCAUAAAAUAGGAUUUAAGAGAUUUUAUUUUAUACAUGUACUUAAAAAUAAAAGUUACAUAGUCACCA